AACAGACGCUUACCAACCACAUUUCGCGGUCGUUUCUCAGCUGAUUCCUCUCUCUCUCUCUCUCUCUCUGUCGAGAAGAAGAAGAAGGAGAAGGACCGCUCUCUGUCUCACAAACUCUACCUAACCAUCUCCACUCACCCACCCACACAGUAGAACUCAACAACCCCCUCCCGCCUUCAACAAAUUCCCACGAAAAAAUCGAAAGUCCGAAACUCAAAAUCUCCGCCUCCGUUGAACGGAGCCGAGAUUCAAUUUUAGGCGGCAAUGGAUGCGAAGGUAGCAAUCAGUAUGCAGCUGCCUGGUGCUUGGGGGGUUUGUACGGAUGUCGGGCGAUUCAGCUCUGCGUCGAUGUUGUCGUCGAGGGCGAAGAAGAAGAAGGAGGAGGAGAAGUUCAUGCCCGCGGUGCGAUUCCCGGUGUCCCGGAGGAAGUGGAGUGGCCGGAUGCGUUCGGUGUGCUUGGUGGAUGUCUCCUGUUCUUACAAUGAAUACCAAGCACCGACCUUGAAAUCUGGAAAGUCUUGUACUUCCUUCGACGAGUCAGUUGCUUUGAAGACUAAGACACAAGACAUAGAACCUUAUUUGAGAGGACGCUGUAUUUAUCUGGUUGGAAUGAUGGGCUCUGGGAAAACCACCGUGGGCAAAGUACUUGCACAAGUACUUGGGUACUCAUUCUGUGACAGUGAUGCAUUGGUCGAAGAGUCCGUUGAUGGUGCAUCAGUAGCUGAAAUAUUUAACCUAUAUGGUGAAUGUUUCUUCAGAGAUAAAGAGACUGAGGCAUUAAGGGAGUUGUCUCUAAGGAAUCGGUUUGUUGUUUCUACUGGUGGAGGCGCAGUUAUACGGCCCAUCAAUUGGUGUGAUGAGAAAUACAUGCACAAGGGAAUUAGUGUUUGGUUGGACGUGCCUUUGGAGGCAUUGGCACAGAGGAUUGCUGCAGUGGGGACUAAUUCUCGACCCCUUCUCCAUGAAGAAACCGGCGAUGAAUACACAAAGGCUCUGAGACGUCUGUCUUCCCUUUUUGAAGAGAGAAGUGAAGCUUAUGAGAAUGCCACAGUAAAGGUUUCCUUUGAAAAUAUUGCUGCAAAACUGGGACACAAAGACGUGUUGGGUCUAACACCUGCAACAAUUGCCAUUGAGGCACUGGAACAAAUAGAGAACUUACUCAAACACGAAGAUAGCGAGGCUAGAAUGGAAGCUUGACAAAAGGCCACCAUUCAAUGGCAACGUUCAGCAUCUGCUAUUUAUCAGAACAUCUUGCAGUCACUUGUUCAGUCUUGUCGGGAAAGUCUUGCUCGCGAAUCCACGUGUUCCUGCUUCAUGUAAUUUGCUCGGUUGAUUUGUAUAUGUUCGGUGACGGGCUGGCGAGUGAUGUCACUGGCUGAUAUGAACUCUAUUCUUCUGUACUUUUGAGUUUGUAAUCGUUUGUGUUUAUAUAUAUGUACCGAGGAAGAGGGUGGCUUGGUUGAGUUUUGUGUGUGGUCCAACCGGUCCGUGCUUGAACCUAAAUGUUCUUUUCUUGGCUGGAAAUGCAAAUGUGUAUAAAUGAUUCUGUCUUUUUACUUAUAAUAAUGAUCCUGCUGAAAUCCCCAAAA